AUGAGCUUAACAUCCUGGUUUUUGGUGAGCAGUGGAGGCACCCGCCACAGGCUGCCACGUGAGAUGAUUUUUGUUGGAAGAGAUGACUGUGAACUGAUGUUGCAGUCACGUAGCGUGGAUAAGCAGCAUGCUGUAGUCAACUAUGACUCCUCAACUGAUGAGCACUUGGUGAAGGAUUUAGGCAGUCUAAACGGAACAUUUGUGAAUGAUGUGAGGAUUCCUGAACAAACAUACAUAACCUUAAAACUUGAUGAUAAACUGAGAUUUGGAUAUGAUACUAAUCUUUUUACUGUAGUCAGAGGAGAGAUGAGAGUUCCGGAAGAAGCACUUAAGCAUGAGAAGUUUACAAGUCAACUUCAGUUGUCCCAAAAAUCCUCAGAAGCAGAAAGUUCAAAGCCAACAGGUGUCAAAGUUGCAGAGCCAAAGGUACAAGAUGUUGUUGCUGAAGUGCACCACAAAGCUAUAGAGGCACUAAAAUCUGAAGACAAAUCUACAGAUCUUUCUGCUAUGCCUCGGGGUACACCACUAUAUGGGCAGCCAUCAUGGUGGGGUGAUGAUGAAGCUGAAGAAGUAAAUGGCUACAAACAAGAUGGUAGACCUGAAGAGAAAAUACGAGAAACUGGUGUUUUAGGAUGCAGCACAGAUGGCAAGCAAGCUGAGGAGCAAUCUGCAGCUGCAAGUGAAGAAGAACCUUAUCCUUUUUGUAGGGAGCCAAGUUAUUUUGAAAUCCCUACAAAGGAAUUCCAGCAACAAUCACAAAUGGCCGAGGGUACUAUUCAUGAGAUUCCAACAAAAGACACACACAUAGCAGGGGCAGGGCAUGCUUCAUUUACUAUUGAAUUUGAUGACAGCACCCCAGGAAAAGUAACCAUCAGAGAUCAUGUCACAAAAUUCACUCCAGAUCAGCGCCACAAGCCUAAGAAGCCUUCUCCUGGCACUCAGGAUCUCCCUGGGCUUCAAACUGUGAUGAUGGCACCAGAGAGUAAAGUGGCAAACUGGUUAGCACAAAACAAUCCCCCAACAAUGAUCUGGGAAGCAACAGAGGAAGAUUCAAAAAGUAUUAAGAGUGAUGUUCCAGUCUACUUGAAGAGACUGAAAGGUAAUAAACAUGAUGAUGGGACACAGAGUGAUUCAGAAAACAUUGGAGCACACAAGCAUUACAGUAAGCGAUCAGUGCUUGAAGAACAGUUAAGGCAUCAUUAUACUGAACAAAAAAAGCUGCAUGCAAAAACUCAGGAGACCGGCAAACACCCAGACCAACCUUCUUCAAGUCAGACUGCUUUUAUGAUUGAAUUUUUUGAUGAAGACCAUCCCCGGAAGAGGCGGUCUCAUUCCUUUUCUCAAAAUGUGGGAGCUUUGUGCCCUGAAAUGUCUUCUCCAGUGCCUCAUACAAAAACUGAAAAAGUGAGAUCCACAGCAAGUGACUCUAAAGGGAAUCAGUUACCUUUGCAGCUUGGCUCUACCCAACAAAGACCAGCACAUGCAAAACUUUUAAAGCAAAAAUCAGAAGAACCUUCUGUUGCAUUGCCUUUCUUACAAACUGCCUUGUUAAGAAGUUCUGGAAGCCUUGGGCAUAGGCCAAGUCCAAGCGAGAAUAUGGAAAAGAAGUUAAAAAGCCAGCUGGCAUCAGUAACUAUUGAAAAGGAUGAUGAUGACCAAAGUGAUAAAGGUACUUACACUAUUGAGCUGGAAAACCCCACGGCUGAGGAAGUAGAAGCUCGCAAGAUGAUUGAUAAGGUUUUUGGAGUGGAUGAAAGCCAGGAUUAUAAUAGGCCUGUUAUCAACGAAAGCCAGAAAGAUUUAGUAAAAGAUUGGGCUAUAAAUUCUGCUACAGUAGUGCUGGAAGAAAAAAGACCACUGAGUACAACUGGAUCUCUUGAUACAGAGGAAAGCAUUGGUGCAUCUGGAAGUAAACGCUGGGUGUCGCAGUGGGCUAGUCUAGCUGCUAACCAUACAAAACAUGAAGAAAGUGAAUUGCGGGUUGAGUCAUCUGCUUCUUUAGAAAACGAUGCUGACAUCAGCGAAUCUGGAAUAUCUGUUAGAAGUGCAGGCUCAGUUGCCUCUUUGACCAGCCUAGGAGAUCGAAAAAGAAGAGCACUUCCACAAUUACCAAAAGAGGAAAACAUCACAGAAAGCCAAAAACCAAAGGUUACCACACAUCAGAGAUCGGAGAUAGGAGAAAAACAAGACACGGAACUUCAAGAGAAAGAAACUCCAACUCAUACCCAAAAAGAAAUAGGACAGGAUAUUGGGAACAGCCUAACUAAAACAAGCAGAACAGCGAACGGCCUUUCUCCUAAAGGUGACAAGACAUUUUUUCACUCCAACAGUUGUUCUUCCUCUGGCAAAGAGAGAAGUGAAAAUGGCCGGGAAGUAUCAAUGGUGAAGCAAGCUCUAGCUAAAAUUCAACAGUCAGAACAAAGUGAACUAACACACCGGAUCCCUACUAAGUUGUCUUCUGCAAAAUCUUCAAAUCAAUUUGAAAAGACAAGAGAUGAGUCUUCUGUUCCUCAUAAAAUAGACAGUAAAGAGAAGGCAUCGGGUUGUGGUACAGGAAAAACAGAAAUAAAGGUGGCACAAAUUGAAGGGAAAAGAAGAAAAGCAGAGGAAACUACAAAAUGUCAAACUACAAAAGGAUUUAGUGGUGAUAAGAAAGAAACAUCAAAAACAUUAGUGAGACAAGGCAGUUUUACUAUAGAUAAACCUAGUACAAAUAUACCAAUAGAGCUAAUUCCUCACAUUAAUAAACAAACUGGAACUACCCCAGCAUCUUUUUCUUUAACAUCUGCAAACAGAAUAUCUGAAAAAAGUGAUUCUGUGGAAACAGAUCCUAGUCUAGAUACCACACUUAUUUUAAAAGAUACAGAAGCUGUAAUGGCUUUUCUUGAAGCUAAGCUGCGUGAAGAAAACAAAACAGAUGAAGGACCUGAAACUCCCAGCUAUAAUAGAGACAAUUCCAUUUCACCUGAAUCAGAUGUGGAUACUGCUAGUACAAUUAGUCUAGUUACUGGUGAUAAUGAAAGAAAAUCAACUCAGAAACGAAAAAGUUUUACUACCCUCUACAAAGAUAGGUGUUCCACUGGAUCUCCUUCUAAAGAUGUUUUAAAGUCAUCUUCUACAAGUGCAAGAGACAAAAUUGAAAAGAGAACAAAAAGCCGUUCUUCUGAUGCUGCUUCUAGAGGUGAUACACGCAAGAUUGUGCAGAACAGUGGCAGAAUAAGGCAACCUUCAGUAGAUUUAACAGAUGAUGACCAAACUUCUAGUGUACCUCAUUCUGCUAUUUCUGAUAUCUUAUCUUCUGACCAGGAAAUGUGCUCUGGUAAACCACAUGGAAGGACUCCUUUUAUUUCUGCAGAUGAACGUUUGCAUUCCAAAUCAGAAAGCAUUAGGUCAGCUAAACUGAAGACCUCUUCAGCAUCAGCUGGGCAGUCCAGUAAGUCAACCACUCUUCCAAGGCCUCGCCCCACAAGGACUUCUCUCUUGCGUAGAGCACGGCUAGGUGAAGUUUCAGAUAGUGAACUUGCUGAUGCAGAUAAAGCAUCAGUAGCUUCUGAAGUAUCUACUACAAGUUCUACAUCCAAGCCCCCGUCAGGAAGAAAAAAUAUCUCCAGAAUUGACUUACUUGCCCAGCCACGCAGAAAUAGGCUUGGUUCUUUAUCAGCACGUAGCGACUCUGAAGCAACAAUAACUAGAAGCACUACAUCUCGUACUCCAGAAGCCCUGCUUAGAAGUGGCAUUAGGCUAACACCACCAGCAGAUGGUACUAAAAUUUCUCCUAGAGUUAGAGCAAAUAGCAUUUCUCGACUAUCAGACUCCAAAGCCAAAUCUUUGUCUUCAACUCAUAAUUCUCCAUCAGUAAAUUCAAGAUGGAGGCGCUUUCCUACAGAUUAUGCUUCCACCUCAGAAGAUGAAUUUGGAUCAAACCGUAAUUCCCCUAAACAUGCCCGUCUACGUACUUCUCCAGCCCUGAAAACUACUCGAUUGCAGAACACUGGACCUCCAACCCAAGCUAGCAAUAUCUUCAAACAUAGGAUAAAGGAACAAGAAGAUUACAUUCGUGAUUGGACUGCUCAUCGAGAAGAAAUAGCAAGGAUCAGUCAGGACCUGGCUCUUAUCGCACGGGAAAUCAAUGAUGUAGCAGGAGAGAUAGAUUCGGUGACUUCAUCAGGCACUGCUCCCAGUACCACAGUAAGCACUGCUGCCACCACCCCUGGCUCUGCCAUAGACACUAGAGAAGAGCUAGUUGACCGUGUAUUUGAUGAGAGUCUAAACUUCAGGAAGAUUCCUCCAAUAGUAAAUGCUAAAACACCCGAUGGGAACAAUCGGCCCAGUGAUUCUAAACCACAACCAACAGAUAUUCCUGAACCUCCAACAAUUACACGCCGACGAACCUGGAGUAGGGAUGAAGUCAUGGGAGACACCUUGCUGUUAUCUUCAGUCUUCCAAUUUUCUCGGAAGAUUAGACAGUCCAUAGAUAAAACAGCUGGCAAAAUCAGAAUACUGUUUAAGGACAAAGACCGGAACUGGGAAGACAUUGAGAAGAAACUGCGAGCUGAAAGUGAUGUUCCAAUUGUGAAAACCUCAAGCAUGGAGAUAUCAUCAAUAUUACAAGAGUUGAAGCGAGUGGAGAAGCAACUACAAGUGAUAAAUUCAAUGAUUGACCCUGAUGGAACAUUAGAUGCCUUAAGCAAUUUGGGAUUUGCCAGCCCUGUCCAAGCUGCUCAACCUAAGCAGAAGUCCAGCUCUGUUUCUCAAAGUGCCCAUCCUCAAACACAACAAAACUGCCAACCAGAAGCAAGGGCUGCUUCAAGUGAACUUGGCAACGUUAAAUCUGAGCACAAUUUCAGCAUACAUUUUAAUAGGUUUAAUCCUGAUGGUGAGGAAGAAGAUCCAAAUGUGCAUGAAUGACAUAAAUGUUGUCCAUAUUUUUUAGUAUUGAAUGUGUAGAAUUCAUUUUGAAUCACAGCAUUCAAGAGCUCAAAAGCUUGGUUAAAAUGCCAUUGCUUUGUUAUAACAACUAUUUAACUGCUUUGGAUGUCACACAUGUCUUGAAGUAAACAUUGGAACCAACAUAGAAAAAGCAGUUUGUGAUAAUUUUGUGGGCUAUGUAACCACUUAUUUUGAAUGUGUCCUCUUUAGUUUACUUGGCUUAAACAAACUGUUAAAAUUACAUAAGCAUUUUAACAGUUCGUUAAGUCUCUCGUGCCAAGCUGAUCUAUAAUUGGACUUUGUCACCAAACAUGUAUAAGAAUGAUUAGUCACUUAAAUUUGAUUCUAAACAGGAUUUAAAAUAAGGUGUAUUACAUUUGAAUACUAUAGCACAUUAUGAUAGAAAGGCUUGACAAAGCAUUUGUUGCUGUAUACUGAAUUUCAACCUGGUUUUUUAUAUAACUUCAUUGCUACAUAAAUUGUCUUGUGGUUUACAAAGCUCAGUUAUUAUGUUUGCACUAAGAAUUUGCUGGGAGUGGCAAGUGAACAUAACAGUAUCAAUAGGAGCUAAUAAUUUUGAUGUACAUAGAAAAUUGAUCAUAUUUGUCAUGAAAAAGAAAACGCACUUCCCAAAAGGAUCCAUUUGACCCUUGCUGAUCCUGUUCAAUGUCUUUUUUGAUGUUGAUGAAAAUAAAAUUUCAUAUCAUUUCUGUCCAGAUGUUUGGAACUAUAAAAGCAGUUUAAAUGCUUGCUUGACGUUCUUGUAUCACCAGGGUCAAAUGAAAAAUACAUGACAAGAGCUCCUUGAGAUGAUCAUGAGUUGUAAAAUUUUAUUCAAGAGAUUUGGAAAUAGAAUAGUGAUAAUCUGGUUAGCAGAUUCGCUGCAAGCAUCCAAAAUAAUAACAUUUUUCUGUAGACUGUACGAAGUCUUUGUUUGUUCUUUAAGAAUUCUGGAAGAAAACUGCUAACAUAGGGCUUUUGCUUAUAUUGCUUAACAACAAAGCUAUUAAAAUAUCUCAAUAUAAGCCUAUUUACCUUUAAAGUAGUCCCAGUAACUUAAAAUUUGGAAAUAAUAAAAAUAAGCAACUUUGUAUUUCCAGAACACUGUAAUUUGAAGGUCUUCUGUUAAUGCAACUAAUGACUGGAAUUUUCUUACGUUUUUGCAUCCAUCUGUAUACUAAGGUUACAAAUACAAUUUUGAAGCUUUUACUAAAUAGUCUUUAAUAUUUCAGCAAUAAUCUUGUGUGUCACUUAUUUAAAAAUACUUUUUCCCUGUACAUUUUUAAACUGUAUACGAUUUUGAAGUCAUUGCAAAGUUUGACCAAUUAAAUAUACGAAAACAAAUUUUGUAGAGAUGUAUAAAAUUUUAAAAACCAAUAAUUCUGUUGUAUACUGGGUUUAAUUUUUUUGCUUUAAAAUUAAAAACCACUUCUUCUCAAACUCUGUAUCCCAUUUGCUCUGUAUUAACAACAGUAGUCAGGAAAACAUUUGCUUACAGAUGCUGUUAAACUUUCAACUGAUGAAAGAUGAAAUACACAGAGCAAUGGCAAGGCUUUGGUCAUCAUAAUUCCUUUUUAUUUUCAAUGCUUGGGAAAAGAACUGCAAACACACAACUGUGGAAACAUAGGAAAUGGUUACGGAAAAAUUAAACAGUUUAAGCUCUUUACACAAUUGUUUGUGUUCUUUCAGACUCUACACAUUUUGUGUUCUGAAUUGUUUGCAUUUACAAUGUUUUAUUUGUAUGGACUCGUAAUCCUUAUUUAUUUUUGUUACAUUUAUUAUGUACAUUAUUAUAUGCAUUUACAACUCCAUUUUUAAAUAAAGUGUUUCUGGAACUUU